GAAGCAGGAAAUUGGACCAAUAGGUGCAUGCAUGCUGUGGAAGACUUCUCUUACGGAAAUGGGGCCCUGAUUCUGAUCUUAUCUCUAUAAAUGAGGAAUCAGAUCUUCACUUUGGAGACACUCACUUAGAUCUUCUUGAGCUGUGUUACGAGAUGGCAAUGGUGUUAGAGUUUUCCGUAAAAAUGUUCCUCCAAAAGAUAACCAACUUCGCGGAGGGAGAGAUAUGCAAAGUGCUAUGCGUGGGGGCGGAGGUCAAAACUCUGGAGAGAAGGUUGACGAGGAUCAAAGGCUUUCUUCGCACUGCAGAGCAAAGAAGGCAUGUAGAUCCGGACAUGGACACCUGGGUGAGGGAGUUGAAGGAUGUCAUGUACGACGCUGACGAUAUCAUCGAUCUUUGCAUCUUCGAAGGUGGCAGCUUGCUGAAGGUAAGCAAUCCUCAUUUCUUUAGACCUAUCAAACACCGCUAUGAAAUCAGUGGUAGAAUAAAAAGACUUAAUGAUAGACUGAAAGAGAUCACGGGAGAUAGAUCUAUAAUACCUGAUGGAGAGAUCGUCGAAAAAGCCCUCCCACUUCACCCAGUAGGAUCUCGUGAGACAUCUUCCAUAGAAGUUAAUGCAGGCAUCAUAGGAACCCAAAUCGAAGGCGCUGCCCAAAAUCUGAUCAACUCCAUAGUGGAGAUCAGUGAGAAGCCAAAGUGUGUUGUUUUUGGGAUUGUCGGGAUGGGUGGGAUUGGGAAGACCACUCUAGCGCGUAAAAUAUUCAAUGAUGAAAGGAUCAUACAAAACUAUCCGAUUCGAGCAUGGUUGUGUGUCACGAAGAACUAUUCAGAGACUGAUUUGCUUAAAGAAAUGAUUAGAAGCGUAGGUGGAAGUGUUGAAGGAGCUGAGAGUAGAGCGGAGCUUGAACCUAAACUUGUUUCCCUCCUAUCGAAAAAUUUGCUUCUGGUAUUAGACGAUGUAUGGAGUCCAGAGGUAUGGGAAGAUUUACUCAAGAACCCUUUGAUGCAUGAGGCAGCCAGUAAUUGUAGGAUCGUAGUUACCACUAGAAACGAAAACGUGGCAAGAAAUAUGGGAGACAAUGUUCAUCAUGUUGAGAAAAUGGAUGAAGAGUGUGGCUGGGAAUUGCUGUGGAAGACGGUUUGGGAUAAUAGAGAGAAGGGCGAUAUUUCGAGAUUCAAGGAAAUUGGAACUAAAAUGGUUCAAAAAUGUGAUGGACUUCCUCUCGCAAUCAAGGUUCUUGCGGGGGUUUUAAGAUCCAGGAGAAGUACGAUAGAGUGGGAAAAGGUUCUCAGAAGUGAUCUAUGGAGGAUGACGAAUCUCGAUGAGAAAAUACCGGGGGUUUUGUACUUGAGUUAUGAAGAUUUGCCUUCUCAUCUUAAGCAGUGUUUUCUGUAUUGCUCUUUGUUUCCCAAGAAGACUCAUAUGUACCGUAAGGAUCUUACCCGGCAUUGGGUGGCUGAAGGUUUCACAAAGGAGAACGGAGAACUAUCGAUGGAAGAGAUAGCCGAGGGUUAUUACGAAGACUUGAUCUGGCGAAACCUACUGCAGGUGGAUCCUACCUUUGUAGACGGCAGCAGAUGCACCAUGCAUGAUCUUUUGAUAUCUCUUGCCCAGUUCUUGAUCCAAGGAGAGGGCGUCUAUGCCAGUGAUCUCCUAUCAGUGAAUACGACGAACCCAUUAACUAAGCUUCGUCGAUUGUCGACGUCAAACAUAGGGGAGAGUGUACAGCUCCCCAGUAGAAUCGUUGAAGAGAAGUGUUUAAGAUCUUUGCUCAUCUUUGAUAGCCCUCGUGCCCGUACAAUUAGAGAUGAUCUGUUUAAAAAGCUAAGGAACCUGAGAGUCCUGCUUCUGAACGACACAUCCAUCGAGAGUCUUCCCAAGUCCAUCGGAGAACUAUCACAUCUUAGGCACUUGGAUCUUGACCGAACAAAGAUACGGGAGCUCCCCGAGUCUGUGGGGGGCCUUCGGAAUCUGGAGACUUUGAGCGUCUCGGGCUGCAAAUCCAUUAGUAAACUUCCGAAGACCAUCACGAAGCUGUACAAUCUACAAUGUCUUCGACUGCAGGACACUCCAUUAACAUCCUUGCCAAAGGGAAUGGGGUCACUCACAAAUCUCAGCGAGCUUGACGCGUUCAUCGUCAGCGAUGAUGGUGACUUGAAGGAGCUGCAACCUUUGUCCAAGUUGAGGUCUCUGAGCAUAUACAGGUUGGAUAGGGCAAUAACAAAUGGAGGUUCGGUGCUGAAGGACAAACCUUUUCUUAGGCAACUAUAUCUUUUCUGGGAGAGUACAGAUGAAGAAAAAUAUUCUGGUUCAUCAAGCCUGCAGGAUCCUUUUACUGCUAAGAAGAUUUGCAGUCAACUCUGUCCCCCAUCAAGCCUGCAGUAUCUUUUUAUAAAACGGUAUUCUGGUUUCUUUUUUCCGGAAUGGAUCCUGUCAACUUCUCUGGACACUGCUUUCCCCCGGCUGUCAUACUUGAGCAUUCAUGAUCUUCCAUCGUGCUGCAAGCUUCCUCCACUGGGCCUGCUUCCGGAGCUAAAAGUAGUAUCCAUUAGAGGGGCAAAUGGAAUCACAAGCAUUGGCGCUGACUUCACAGGUGACAGAAAUUUAAGGGGAUCUCCUGCGUUUCCCAUGCUUGAGGUGAUGCGAUUCUCGAACAUGCCCAAUUGGGAAAUUUGGACGACAUGUGACAUCGAUAUAGAAUUCCACUUCCCAAUAAAAGUGAGGAGGAUCCAACAUGCGAUUUGCCAACGUGCCCAAUUGUUUAUGACAGCCGCUGUAAGUGAGGAGGAUCCACUUCCAGGUCUGAUGCCGCCACGAACUGAGAUAGAUCUGGUCAGAAGCCGAGACACUCAGCCCACCAAUGAUAGUCCACCACGUCGUCCAGAUCUCCUGGAACCCCCGACAGGUGAUACAGUGCAAUUCCAGUCUAUGGCAAUCAAUGAAGAUGAGCUGCACCUAUUUCUAGGUCUGAUGCCGCCACGAACUGAGAUAGAUCUGGUCAGAAGCCGAGACACUCAGCCCACCAAUGACCGCCCACCACGUCGUCCAGAUCUCCUGGAACCCCCGACAGGUGAUACCGGAAGCAGCAGCGGCAACAGCAACAGCCGUAAGCUGCUUCCUAAUCUAAAGGAGCUCUGGCUCGUCGACUGUCCCAAGCUGAAAGCUCUUCCGGAAGGCCUUUGCCCGACCAACUUGAAGUUACUCCAUAUGGAGGGCACUCAUAGCUUUGGAGAAAUCAAGAACCUCGACUUCCUGACUGACAACCUCACUGUGAAGCAUAACAACAGCUUGCGGCGUAUAUCAAACCUUCCUUCAUUGAAGUAUCUGCAAGUGGAUGACUGCCCCAACUUGGAGUACGUGGGAGAUCUGGCUGGCUUGCAACACCUGCAUCUGUCUUGUCCACCACCAGCGCAGUCCCUGCCGCCAUGGCUGUCGGAUCUCGUGGAGCAGCAGCAAAGUUUCAGAAAGCUUGAGCUGCAGUGCAGCUUGCCAUUGUUGAAGAGGUGUCUCGUGGGCGAGGUCAACUGGCAGAUCAUCCGCCAGAUACCGGAGGUCAGGAUCCGGGCCACCGAUGCCAACGAGUUCAUUUGGUAUAACAAGGAUCCAUACAUGUACGACACCAACGUAGGUUCAGCAUGAGUGGGCUCGUCGUAUCUGAUUACUCGGAAGUCUUUGUGAUCGGUGUAUCAAGGCUCAGCACGAGUGGAGUGGUCACCAUCUGUGAUCGAUCGAAGUCUUUUGUGCUUGGCAUUCACUUCCCUUUCUAUUUGUGAUUGAAGCAAUUUGGCAGAUUGAAAGCGUUGUGUUUUUUCUUUCCCUUUUUUCCUUCGAUUUGAAUGUAUGUUUGGACCAUAAUUUCUAUUUGCUUUCAGUGUAAGAACAAAGAAAAACUAUUG